AUGAGUUCGUACUUCGUGAACCCGCUGUAUUCCAAGUACAAGGCGGUGGCCGCGGCGGCGGCAGCGGCGGCGGCGGCGGGCGAGGCCAUCAAUCCCACUUACUACGACUGUCAUUUCGCGCCCGAGGUCAGCGGUCGCCACGCUGCCGCUGCCGCCGCCGCCGCCGCCGCCGCAGCGGCCGCCGCCCGGCAGCUCUAUGGCAACAGCGCCGCCGGCUUCCCGCACGCGCACCCGCAGGCGCACGCGCACCCGCACUCGUCGCCUGGGUGCGGCGGUGCGGGCGGUGGGGGUGGUCCGGGCCCAGGCCACGGUCCCGGCCCCGGUCAGGACUACUUCCAUCCCGGCGGAGGCAGCCCGGCAGCUGCUUACCAGGCCGUCCCACCUCCGCCGCCGCCGCCGCCGCAUCCUCCGCCUCCCCCCUGCGGCGGGAUUGCCUGUCACGGGGAGCCCGCGAAGUUUUACGGAUACGAUAACUUACACAGACAGCCGAUUUUUACGACCCAGCAAGAGGCCGAGCUGGUACAAUAUCCUGACUGUAAAUCGUCCAGUGGUAAUAUUGGCGAGGACCCAGACCACUUAAAUCAGAGCUCGUCUCCUUCGCAAAUGUUCCCCUGGAUGAGACCACAAGCAGCUCCUGGUAGACGAAGAGGAAGACAAACCUAUAGUCGCUUCCAAACUCUAGAGCUGGAAAAAGAAUUCCUUUUUAACCCUUAUCUGACCAGGAAGAGGAGAAUCGAGGUUUCCCAUGCCCUGGCACUCACGGAGAGACAGGUAAAAAUCUGGUUCCAGAACAGGAGAAUGAAAUGGAAAAAAGAGAACAACAAGGACAAAUUUCCCGUUUCCCGGCAGGAGGCAAAGGACGGGGAAACCAAGAAAGAAGUCCAAGAGAUGGAGGAAGACGCGGCUGAAGGCCCAGCAAAUUAACUUCUACCUUUAAAUGUUACCGCAGACUAUUAAAACUAAUCUUCAGCAUAUGCUGGUGGACACAAUCUUUUUCUUUUUUUGGAAAGGACCUUACCUGUGUUUCAAGCUACCUUAAUGCCACUGCUCUUGAGGUUUCUGCGCUUUGAGAGGGAUUUGGGUGUUUAAAAGUUUCUAGUAUCGCAUAGAAGCAGUCCUUGGGCUGUCCUAUAAAAGGGUAAUUUGAUACUGACCUUGUAGCUAUAUUUUUAUAAUGGUAGUUUUUAAUGUCUGAGCUGUUGAUUUGCCUCAACAACGUAAACUUCCUAAUGAUUAGCUCUAAAUAAUUGAAUAUAAAAUGCUUUAUUAAUCAAAUAAGUGCACUUGGACAUUUAAAUCUUUAUGUGAGUAAAUUAAAAAGAAUAUUAAUUUUUUAAAUAUGCUUGCAGAAUAUUUACUUUAUUAUUUGAUUAAACUAUUAUUUAUGUUUUUUUUCUUUUGUAAUGAUGUUUUGAGUGCCUUUGUUUUACUCCUAAAAAAAAAGGCUUCUUUGAGCAUUUUAUAAAUGUUGUAUGUCAGGGGAAAGUCUGGGCCAAAUACUCGGAAAGCACAAGUUUGUGAAGAGUAUAAUGUGGAGGCUAGGCUCUGAGGCUUCCUUAAACUUUGGGAAAAUGUUGCCCCAGUGGUAAGAGUUUCAGGAUAAUGUCAAAAUUGACAUUUAAUCAUGUGUCUAUAGUCCAUGAAAAUUAUGGUAACUAAGUAAUCUAGAGAAUUAAUACUUGAAAACCCCAUUACAAUUUUUUCACUGACUUUUCAUUUUGGCAAGUUGCCUUGCUUUCGUUUUGAACCUCGAUUGUAAUCGUAAUCGCUAGGUCUUUAGAGCCCGCUGCCACUGUGAUUUUGCUUUUUCAAGUAGUGCCAUAUUUAUUUGUAUUCUCUUUGCACUGUUCGCAUGUUCCUUUUAAGCCAGCUUACUGUGUGCAUCUCAGAUGUCCCUUGGUACGUCUGUCCUCUGCUGUUCUUUAGGAAAGCUAUGGCCUCGCCUAUUUGAAAUAAGCCCUGAGUGUAAAUAAGCACACCAGGACAUAGCUAGCUCCUUAAUAAAGAAGUGAACCCCUUUCAA